AUGGCAGAGCUUAAAGCAGAGUGUGAGGAUGCCUGGAAGUGGCUUAAAAAAAUUCCAAAGGAGACUUGGUGUAGGUCUGCAAUGGAUUACAAUUGCAAAACUGAUCUUGUUGUGAACAACCUUAGUGAGGUUUUCAACAAAAUGAUCCUUGAUGUUAGGGCCAAACCAAUUAGGACUAUGUUUGAAGGAAUUAGGACUAAGCAGAUGAUCAAAAGGCAGAAGACUAGGGAAAAAACAGAGAACAGCAGGUGGAUGAUCACACUCAACUAUUCAGAGAAAUUAGAGGAGAAUAAGAAGAGGUGGGACAUGACAGGUGUGACAUGCAGUCAUGCAAUAGCAGCAAUGAGCAAGAUUCACAUGCACCCAGAGGACUAUGUGCAUGAAUUUUUCAAAAAAGAACUAUAUAUUGAAGCAUACAAAGACAUAGUGUACCCUGUCCCUGGUCCUGAAUUCUGGCCUGACACCCAUACUCCUGAUAUUGAGCCCCCAGUGUUCAAAGAAAAAGCAGGCAAAAAACAGACAGCUAGGAGAAAGGGGCAGUUUGAGGUGCCUGCUCCAAAGGACACAAGAAGGAUGGGAACAAUUACAUGCAGCAAUUGUGGUCUACAAGGCCACAGAUAUACUAAUUGUGGGAAAGCUCUAAAACCUAGUCUUGAGAUGAGAAAGAACUUACACCAGGAGAAUAGAGAAAUUUUUAGUUCUAGUGCUACACAUCCACCUCCACAACCACCACCUCAACACCAAACUACACAGAUGCCAGCAUCAUCAGCUCCACCUCCUAAAGCAAAUAAGAGAGGUUCAACAUCAACAGUUUCAGCAGGAGCAGCCAGGUCUUCACCAGCACCUGCAACAGGAUCUGCAUCAACAAGAGCUGCAAGAACAAGAGGAUCAGCAUCUACAAGAACAUUCAAUGCACCAAGAACAUCCACUGGAGAACCAGGGAUAUUGGCAGGCAAGAGGAAGAGGAAACCUCCUAGCAAGUUUGCAUCCUAUUUCAAUGCUAGUGGAAACUAUUGAGUGUAUGCUACUUAUUUGUGUUCUGCUACUAAGUUUGUGUUCUGCUACUAAAUGUGUGUUGUGCUACUAAUUUCUGGACAAUGUGACAUGUGAACUUAUUUGUGCCCAAUACAAAUGGGCUAAGUGCU